AUGCCGCCCACCCAGACUAGGGUGCGGACAGAGAUGCAACUGCAUGUUCACCACGGUUUAAAGUCGCCUGACCCAAAGAGUCGCGGAAUUCUACAGCUACCUUCAAUACACGAGCACUAUCCUCGCCAGUGUCCUAGUCGAGAAGGCAUAGUUCACCGGAAGACGCGACGCAAUCGUGACCAUCAUCAACAGUGGCAGCACAGCAACUCAUUAAAACCCAGUUGCCCCGCGUCUCUGCCGACUCUCAGCCACAGUGUAGCGUUCGACUCGAGCGGCCAUUCUCACUCUUGCGAUGCAACUGAGCGAACAUCUGCUCCAUCUCGCCUUCUGACUGUCCUCCCCCUGUUCUCUCGAUCGCCACUGCUCCUCCUCCAUGUACCUCUGCUGCUCACCAUGUUGGUUUGGUCGCAGAGUGCCACCGGGCAGUUCGUGGAGCCCCGACUCUGCAACAGCAUCUGCUAUUGCCGAAGCGCCGAGGCAACAGUGGACUGUGACAUGACGGAUCAAGUACAAGGCCUACCGACCAACUUGCCAACGGGCAGCCUCAAAUUGCUCGUAAAACAGGGCCAAUUCACCUCGCCUGGCCGGUUGACGCGAGCCAAUCUGACUGGGCUGGAACAGGUCGAGGUGUUGAAGAUCAUCAACUCCCGACUACGCAGCAUUCAGUCGAAGGCCUUCAUCGACAUGGUACACUUGCGCAGCCUCGACUUGUCUAGCAACGCUUUGACUCGUCUGGAGCCGUUCACAUUCGCCGGUCUACGGUUGAACAGUCUUCACCUACAACAGCAGAACUUUGCUCAGCCGGCGUUGCAGGAGCAAACUCGACAGCAAAGACACUCGCUCAGACCAUCCGAUGGUCAGGAAGUGGAGGAUGACGCGACUGGACGUCAGGGAGGCCAGGGUCUCCGGCUUCACAUAGACACCUUUAAGGGUCUGGCGGCAAAAGUCGUGUCACUGGGCCAAAAUGGCAUCUCUAGGUUCGAUUAUGACGUCUUUCAGUCGAUUCAGGAUCUCGACCGCCUCGUAUUAUCCUUCAAUGCCAUCCGGAGCGUCAAUGAUGCACGCGCGGUUGCCUACUUUCAAGAGGCCGGACGCCUGCUCGAUCUAACGGGAAAUCCGCUGGAAUGCUCUUGCCGGCUGGCCUGGUUGGUGCAAAGGAUUCCUGAUUGGGUUCGCGAAUUGCCCACACUCAACCUGACUUGCCAGUUCUUUGAGCACGUAAGUAAAUAA